GGUUUUUUUAAAUUACGCAUGCGCUAAAGAUGGUGGCAGCGGGGCGCAUGCGCCAUGCCGUGGAACUGAGUGAGAUGCUUAUGGAAGUCGCCCUGGUGAGCUCGAACGGCCGGUGGUGCAUGCGCACUUAAGUACUCCGCGGCCUCAGGCGGCAGAGGGGAAGAUGGCGGCGGUGGUACAGAAUGUGGUGAAGCUCCUUGGCGAACAAUAUUAUAAGGACGCGAUGGAGCAGUGCCACAACUACAAUGCCCGACUGUGUGCUGAGAGAAGUGUCCGAUUGCCAUUUCUGGACUCGCAGACUGGAGUGGCGCAGAGUAACUGCUACAUCUGGAUGGAGAAGCGGCACAGGGGGCCAGGUUUGGCGUCUGGCCAGCUCUAUUCUUACCCAGCUCGGCGCUGGCGGAAAAAACGUCGCGCUCACCCUCCUGAGGAUCCAAGGCUUUCCUUCCCUUCCAUUAAGCCAGACACUGAGCAGACCCUAAAGAAAGAGGGUUUGAUCUCUCAGGAUGGCAGCAGCCUGGAGGCCCUUUUGAGGACGGACUCUCUUGAGAAGCGCAGUCUGCCUGAUCCUCGUACUGAUGAAGACAGCCUCGGCGAGUUUCCUGUUGCCAAUAGUCGCGCGCGGAAGCGGAUCCUGGAACCUGACGAUUUCUUGGAUGAUCUAGAUGAUGAGGACUACGAAGAAGACACGCCAAAACGCCGAGGCAAAGGCAAGGCCAAGGGCAAAGGAGUUGGGAGCGCCCGGAAAAAGCUGGAUGCAGCCAUUUUGGAAGACCGAGACAAACCGUAUGCCUGUGACAAUAGUUACAAACAAAAGCAUACCUCGAAACCUCCUGACCGAGUCUGUGGGAAGCGUUACAAGAACCGUCCUGGGCUGAGUUACCACUAUGCGCACUCCCACCUGGCUGAGGAAGAGGGGGAAGACAAGGAAGACUCGCAGCCCCCCACGCCUGUAUCACAGAGAUCUGAGGAGCAGAAAUCCAAGAAAGGUCCAGAUGGCUUGGCCUUGCCCAACAAUUACUGCGACUUCUGCCUUGGAGACUCCAAGAUCAAUAAGAAAACAGGGCAACCUGAAGAGCUGGUUUCAUGUUCUGACUGUGGACGAUCAGGGCACCCUUCAUGCCUGCAGUUCACACCAGUUAUGAUGGCGGCGGUGAAGACCUACCGCUGGCAGUGUAUUGAGUGCAAGUGCUGUAACAUCUGUGGCACCUCUGAGAACGAUGACCAGCUGCUCUUCUGUGACGAUUGUGACCGUGGCUACCAUAUGUAUUGCCUCACUCCACCCAUGUCAGAACCACCGGAAGGAAGCUGGAGCUGUCACCUGUGUCUGGACUUGCUGAAGGAGAAAGCCUCCAUCUAUCAGAACCAGAACUCCUCCUGAUGGGCGCUGGGGCAGCAGAGAAGAAAGGGAGCUUGAAAGAGGAACCACCAGUUGUCCACUACCUUGCAGGGCUCUUUUUCCCUUUCUUGGUUUAGUCUUUUUCCUAUGCUGCCUCCCACUCUUAGUCAGUGUCUCCUUCACCAGUCGGAUCCAGCCCCUGCCGGCGCUCUCCGUUGUCCUCUGCACAGCGGUUUUUGGGUUUAGAACUUCUCUUUCUCUCUCUCUCCCUGCUCUCCUGGGAGGGAGGACUCUCCAUGCCCUUUCCUCACUUGCCUCCAGGCUGGCUGAGAAGCACCAAACAGAUCAUCAUAUCUACGGCCUUAAUGCUCAAGGACAAAUAUAUAUAUAUAUAGAAAUAUAUCCCGACUGAACUGGGCUUGCUGGGAGGAGGCGACUCCUUCUCAUCUCACUAACAUUGUGCUAUUGAAUCAACAGCUGAUCUGCAGGCUUCUAUGUCUCCGAAAGCAGAGCCAGCAAUUUCUAAAACUUUUUUU